GUUUCGACAGCCUCAAUAAAGGUCGACCCACCCGCCCUUUCGGAUUUGCAUCAUACAGGGUAAUGCGCUGGCGUUGAUCACAUAUGCAGAGAUGUACCUGUCUAUUCGCAUGCAUGACUGAUUUGUAAAUAGCGAGCUAUUAAUUAAAAUGGAGUCGGACGGCAAAGAGACCGGUCGUCUUUUUGGGGCUGCUUCAAGAUGGUGGUUCCCGUGGGACCCCACCCGUCUGAUUCGACGUAAGACUAAACAUCAUGGUGACAGAGAAGACGAGUUUGAAUUGGAUGACUACUCCGUAUUCGAUAUCGAGAGUAACGAUCCAAUAUUCAAUAGAGACGAUGACAGCUUCCAACGAGAGGUUGUCAGGAAAACGCGGGAAUACGUGAUAGGAAAGCGCGAGGCGGAAGUUCGUGUCAUGAUCGAUCGCAUGGUGGCAGCGAAAGGUGGAGAAGAUCAAGCCCUCUUAUUUGUCCUCUCUCAAGAAAGUCUCUCAACUCAAAAGUUAGAUCUGUUUACAAAUAUCUUACUUCACCGAGGAGCGAAUCCGUCUGUUUGUGAUAGCCACAUGCAGACUCCACUUCAUCACGCCGCCAAGCGGAAUCUAGUGGACGUCUGCCGUCGUCUGCUGGAGAACGACGCCCUUCCCAACGUCAAAGAUCGGAAACGGAUGAGGCCGCUAUCAUUCGCGGUCAAAAACUCCAACGAUCAGAUCGGAGCGAUGCUGUUAGAAUACAUGUCCAAUAAAGAUGUCCGGUCAUUAUUUCUGGCUGAUGGUGAUACUCCAGCAGAAUUCAGCUGUGAAACGUUACUGAGGAAAAACAUGGAGGAGACAAUGAUGUCUCUUAUGAACUGCAUGAUAGAUCGUCAUGGACACAGAGGGAAAGCCAAAGUCUACUAUAAUGUGCUGGAGUCUGACUCGCAUGGGAGACCACCCUCACAUCAUCGGUUUGACAGGGGAGCUAAAUCUGUGCUAUACCACAUUACCAACAGUGGAAAUAAGACCAUUAUCUACCACGAGGCUGUGCGACUGCUUGUGCGGAAAAGAUGGAAAGAUCACAUGAAGUUUCGUUUCUUAUUGUCGGCCACGUUUUACCUAUUGACCCUCUUUUCCUUGGUGUACUCUGCUGUGGUUGUCUCCAGCGUGCCCGACCCCAUGGUGUACGACUCGCCCUUACAAAUAUCACGCGCCGUCUUUGAGGUCAUCGCCUACUCGUCGGUUGCUUUCACCUUCUUAUUGGAGCUCAAUCAGUUCAGGAGACACAGGCUGCAGUAUUGGAAAGACCUCUUUAACUGGCUUGACAUGAGCUCGACUAUUCUUAUCCUAGCCGUGUUACCGUUGAGAUUCACUUACCAACAAGCCCAGUGGCAUGUCUUCUCCGUCGGUUUUAUGCUGUGGACUUUCAAAAUUUUUAAAUACUCUAUUAUAUUCAGGCAAACCGGUGCUUACACCCACAUUCUCUGGAGAGUGCUGUCUUACGAUAUUGUCCAGUUUAUGAUGUUCUUCGUUAUAAUAUUGCUGGCUUUUAGCGGGGCCUUUGUUCUGGCACUAAGGGGAGAUAACUCUUUGAACGUCAGCGGGCAACAAAGCACAUUCUGGUGGAUCUUGUUUUUGGGUUUUCGAACUCUCAUAGACACGGAGCCGCUGGUAGAGGAUUACAUUAAAUUGCCGCCGUUGAGCGUCAUCUUGAUAAUAGUAUUCAUGUUUCUAUGUAUCGUGGUAAUGUUGAACCUUCUGAUCGCCCAGCUGUCCGAUACAUACCAGAACAUACAGAGCGAUGCUCAUCGUGGACUUGAACUGAACAGGGCCUGGAUAGUGACCCGGAUGGAGAUCAACAGCGUGUUUAUGGGGAACUAUAGAGUCAAGCAGUAUACUGACAUGGAAGAGUUUGAUGACGUCCAGGAUGUCCUGGCCAAAUGGGACUCUCCUCCCUUGAACAGCAUCCAUACUAAGCUUAAGAGGGUAGAGGAGCUCGCGGUCUCCACUCACUCCACGCAAACCACUUUACUACAGCGCCUGGCCUGGCAGGAGCAUGCUCUUCUCGACAUUCAGAAUCGCUUGGCCGCCAUGGCUGCUGGACGGUCUGCGGAUGGAAAGACUUCGGGUUCCGGAGAUGCCCCAAGACCGUCAGAAGCAUAACGUCUCUGUGCACGUCUUGCAGCCUCCUUGACGUUUGCCCUGUU